CCUUGCUACCUCCCGCACCAUCUCUCGCAGUUGCACCCCUCAACAACACUGCUGUUCGGAUAAACUAGCUAAGGAGGAGGAUUUGGACUCCGGAGUGUGAUGCCAUGCUCAUCGACACAUUCAAGUGGGAAUCCCAUUGACACGGUGGUGAUUGAAGGUUGCGGGAUAGGAUUUGCGAUGGCUCAAAUUCUUCUCUAUAGUCAUAUCUCACAACCAGUGGACCUCGGCAUGUUGAAGACUCAAACGUUGACGCGCCGCCGCCGCUCGAGCUGUAGUCACAUAUGUGACAUGUCCUAAAAUAGCAAUCUUUUUCUCCGCUACGACUACAUGCCCGACGAGAACCCGACUGCGCCUUCGGAAGACCCUCCGCCCACAGAGCCUGUCCAAAC